CUCGGUUUCCCAUCCUCGUCCUCGUCGCCUCCCCGCUAGCGCUAGCUUUGCCCCCACCCCUCGAAACCCUACCCGCACCAUGCGCGAUCGAUCGGUCGAUCGCGAAUUCCCCAGCCGCGAGCGCGGGGAUCGGCCGCCACCCGGGAUGCUGGGCCCUCCGCGCCGCGGGCCGGCGUACAAGACGAAGAUGUGCGCGCUGUGGCAGCGCGGCGGCUGCUCCCGCGACACCUGCAGCUUCGCGCACGGGCGCGCCGAGCUCCGCCGGUUCCCCGGCUCCCGCACCUCGUUCCCGCCCCGCGCCGGGAGGGGAGAUUAUAGAGGCGGUGACUUCAGAGAAAGGUUUGAUAGGAGGCGUUCGCCUCAUAGGAGGCAUUCCCUUGAUAGAGAUUCCAGGGGUCAUCGUCCUCUUCAUGAUCGAAGACCAACUUCUCAAGAAAGGGUUUUACUUGCAGAAUCUAGCUAUUCACGAUCCCCCAGCAGGAAGAGCGAUAGGAGGCAUGAUAAGAACCCUGAUGAUGGAGAAACCAACUCAUCCAGGAGCUUGAGCGUCUCUGACAAAAAUGAUGAUAGAAAAAAGGAGAAAAUCUUAAGUGGUGAUGAUAAAGAGGAUCAAGAAAUACAGCUGAAACAAAUAAGACAGGAUACGGAACUUCUGCGUGAGGAUAAAUCUCACUUGGAGAACAUUUUGGAUGAGAAGAACGCUGAAGUACGCAAGAUUUCUAGCAGGGUAAAUGAUCUUGAUCUGCAGAUAAGGAAGGAGAAAGAGGAAUGCCACAGGAUGACCUCAAAAAUAAAGAAGUUCAUUAAAGCUCAUGCUCGCUUUUUGAAAGCACAGGAAGAAUUGAAAAGGUCACAAGCUCGUUUUGAGAGACUUGGUGAUUUGCUUGCUUCGGAUAUUCUGAAGCGUGGUGCUAACGAAGAAGUUUCCAGUGUCAAUGUUGAUGAAGAUCCAAAUGGGCCUUAUGAAAGGAGCCCAAAUGCUGCUACAGCUAAGAAGAGAUCAAUCCCUUACUCAACAAGUGAAGAAGCAAAAGCCGUAAAGAAAAGGAGAGAUCGUGAUUCAGAAUUUGAUAAAUCAAGCAAGGGAACUGAGCCAACAAAAGCUUUAUAUUUGAAGAAGAAAUUGUGGGAAGAUGAAAAGGAUAAAAUAGGCAAUGUUGUUUCCUCGGCCAACACUGACAAGGUCAAAGAUUCUCCAGCCAAACAUGUUUUACCCUCCACUGGUAUGGCUGCUCAUGCUGUGGAUGAUCUAUUUGAAGCUGUUGAACUGGAGGAUAGGCAUGAUCCAAUAAACACAUCAGUAGAAAAUGAUGCUGGUGACGAAACUAGGUCGCCUGCUAUGCCCCCACAGCCACCACCAGUGGUUAAUGCUUACGAGCAGUAUGAGGGUGAUGAUGAGGAUGUCGACGUGGAGUAAGUGGAUGUCGAGAUGGUAGAGAUGAUACUGGAAUAAUCUGUUUGCUCUUGCCCAUGUAAAGUCAAAUGUAUUUGGUAUUGGGAGUUUACCUUCUAUAAAAACAUCUUUGAUGGUAGAGGAUGCAGUUUAAGCUGUCUGUUAUGUGCAGCUCAACAUUUUUCAUGAUUGUGACACCCCAAAUAUCCUGUUACCUGUACCUAAUAUAUCCCGCGGACGCUAAUCUUCUCAGUGCCCUGGUGCUUGUGAUGCUGUUUCCAUGUGUUCUGCUGAUGCUGUGCUGUUUUGCAGCUUGUGAAUACUGAUGUUUUAUGAUCGUAUUAUUCGAGUUAGUCGAUGCUGGUGAAGUGGCUUA